AUGAGGAUAUGGUGGUGGAAGUCAAGAGCAUCAGUGUCACCGGCUCUUUCGACUUUUCUUUUCCGCUCAGGUCUCAGCAGUGGUGGGAGCGUGGAUUUCAUCAUCUGGGCUCACAAAAUCACCAAAUAUGAGCGUCCCAGCGUUUUAUCGAUAUUACGGAAGAAGAAUCAGGCCUCAGAGCUGAGAGCCUACAUCAAGUCCAAAGGAGCUGAAAUAUCAGAAGAAAACUCUGAAGGUGGGCUUCAUGCAGAUCUGGCUCAGAUCAUCGAGGCGUGCGAUGUCUGCCUCAAAGACGAUGAUAAAGAUGUGGAGAGUGUGAUGAACAGCAUUGUGUCCUUGCUGUUAAUCCUGGAGACAGAGAAGCAGGAGGCUCUCAUUGAAAGUUUGUGUGAGAAGCUUGUGAAGUUCCGUGAAGGAGAGAGACCCUCCCUCAGGAUGCAGCUGCUGAGCAACCUGUUCCAUGGCAUGGACGAGAACACUCCAGUGAGGUACACGGUUCUGGGCCUCAUUAAGGUCGCUGCAACUUGUAAUGCCAGCUUUAUUCCCACGGACCUUGAUCAGGUCCGCAAGUGGAUUGUAGACUGGAACCUGAACACAGAGAAGAAGCACAUACUCUUGAGGCUGGUGUAUGAAGCACUGGUUGACUGCAAGAAAAGUGAGCCUGCAGCUAAAGUAAUGGUUGAGCUGCUGGGAAGUUACACAGAAGACAACGCUUCACAAGCCCGUGUUGAUGCUCACAGGUGUAUCGUGCGAGCUCUCAAAGAUCCCAACACCUUCCUGAUCGACCACCUUCUCACCCUGAAACCUGUUCGCUUCCUCGAGGGAGAACUCAUCCAUGAUCUGUUAACCAUCUUCGUGAGCGCAAAGUUAGCAGCGUACGUAAAGUUUUACCAGAGUAACAAAGACUUCAUUGACUCUCUUGGCCUGUCUCACGAGCAGAACAUGUCCAAGAUGCGUCUGCUGACAUUCAUGGGCAUGGCGGUGGAAUUCAAGGAGAUCUCCUUUGACACCAUGCAACAGGAGCUGCAGAUUGGAGCGGAGGAUGUUGAGGCCUUUGUCAUUGAUGCUGUUCGUACCAAGAUGGUGUACUGCAAAAUCGACCAGACACAGAGAAAAGUUGUUGUGAGCCACAGCACACACCGCACCUUUGGCAAGCAGCAGUGGCAGCAGCUGCAUGACAGCCUCACCGCCUGGAAGGCCAACCUCGCAAACGUCAAGACUAGCCUGCAAGCUCUGUCCCCGUCUGCUUAAUUCCACCUUAACACAACUGUUUAGACUGCCUGACCCUUGAUAAUUUUCUUCCAUGACUGAAAUGAUCAGUUUUUAUAUUCCUCCAAUUAAAGAUCAGUGGAGAUCA